AUGCCGGGCGCCAGCGAACGAACGCCGCUCAUCGCGCACGGGAACGGUCGUGCCAAUGGAAAUGGAGCGGUCGCGAGGGGACCGAAAGCUGCUGUUGGAAACCGGCCGCCGCCGUUGAAGUAUGAGCUGUCGACACCGAGAUUCGUCGCGAUCCUCGCUGGCAUAUGGUCGUCCAACUUUGUUUUCGCCCUGCAGUCCACAGCGAUUCCAGUGCUCGCACCAACAUUGGCCUCGCAGUUUGCGCACUCCGAGCUCACGUCCUAUCUCGGCUUCUCCUUCUCGCUGACGAACACGCUCGGCAUCCCGGUCUAUGGCGUGCUCCUCGACAGCUUGGGGCGCCGGGACGCGAUGACGCUGGCAGCGUUGCUCUUCGGUCUCGGAUCGCUCAUGUGCGGUCUUUCGCGGAGUAUCUGGUCCCUCAUCGCCUGGCGUGCCGUCAGCGGACUCGGAGGGGGCGGCCUGCUCGCCUGCUCGGCAGUCAUCCUCACAGAUCUCGUGGAGCUGCAAGAGCGUGGCUUCUACCAGGGCAUCAUGAUGACCAUCUUCGGUCUCGGGGCUCUCCUCGGCGGUCCCGUCUCGGGCUGGAUCAUGGACAAGGGCGAGUGGCCGUGGGCAUUCUACCUCCAACUUCCCAUCGUGCUCUUCUGUAUCGUGACCGUGCGCUCGUUCCUGCCAGACCGCAAGCUCCCCAGCUCAACAACGGCGGGCGAGAUGGUCCGCGCGCAGCCCAUCCCGCUCUCGACGGCGCUGAAGGGCCUCGAUUUUGCGGGCAUCGCGACGCUCUUCGUGAGCUUCUCGGCCCUCAUCGUCGGCCUGAGCUUCCACACGGCCUUUUUCCUGCCCUGGUCCGACAUUCGCGUCGCUGGCCUGCUCGCCAUCGCGGCGGUCACCAGCCAGAUGUUCCUCUUCUACGUGCCGCUGUACUUCUCCCUGAUUGGCGCGAGCGGGUCCGCCUCGGGCCUCGUCGUGAGUAUCUGCUCCGGCGUGGGGCUCGCGCUCGGCUCCCUCAUUGGGGGAUGGUACAUCCGCCGCGGGGUGGGCAGCUACACGCGGCUAGGCAAGAUGGCGCUCGUCCCGCCCAUCCUCACCUGUGCCAUCGCCGCGACAGAGUGGACGUCCUCCUGGCCGCAGUGGGCGUACUACGCCACGGUCCUGCCGAGCAACCUGGGCUACGCCGUCUUCCUCGUUGUCUCGCUCGUGUCGACGAUUGCGUCCGUGGACGCACAGACGAUGCCGAAAGCCACCGCGCUGCUCUACACUGUGCGCUCGCUCGGCGCCACGCUCGGCAUCAGUCUGGGCGGGUGCGUGCAGAUCUGGGCCCUGGUCCGUCAGCUCAGGAAGCGGUUCUAUGGUCCCGGCAGCCGGAAACUCAUCAACAACAUUGUCCGCCAGAAGAGCUUCAUGUACACCCUGCCCGAGGAGCAGAGGCAGCAGGCCGUCGAGGCGUACCUCUCCAGCCUGCGCGCGACGUGGGCCGUCGCUGCCGCUUUGGCCUGCUGCACCCUCCUGGCCAGCACGUUCAUCAAGGAGAAGCGCCUGCCGGGCAAACAGCAGCUGGAGCAGGCGCAGCAGGUGCAGGACGAGCGUGCCAUCGGCUCUGUCGGCGACGAUGGCAGGGUCGCGGAGCGACGCACGGAGCAUAACGCCUCAGCAUAG